GUCGAAAAAACGACUGACUACCCUUCGGCUGAGUACUCUCUGGUGGAGGAUGUAGCCCUCCACUUCACGUGUUUGAUGGACAGACUGAAUGAGCAGCGCCUCUUUCAGCCGGACCUGUGCGACGUGGACAUCGUGCUGGUGCAGCACAAGAGCAUCUUCCCGGCGCACAAGGGGGUCCUGGCAGCCUACAGCCAGUUCUUCCACUCCCUCUUCACCCAAAACAAGCAGCUGCAGCGCGUGGAGCUCUCUCUGGAGGCCCUCACCUCGCAGGGCCUCCAGCAGAUCCUCAACUUCAUCUACACCUCCAAGCUCCUCGUCAACUCCUGCAAUGUGCAGGACGUGCUGAACGCGGCCGCCGUGCUGCAGAUGAACAACAUCGCCUCCUCCUGCCAGGACCUCCUGGACACCCGUUCGCUCAGCCUGGCCGCCGACAUGGCCCUGCCCGCCGAGGGCUGCGCCGGACCCCCGCCCUACUACUGCGAGAUCAAGCAGGAGGUGGACUCCCCCCAUCCGAAGAUCUACGCCCGGGAGGGCAACGACCCCUACUCGGUGCGAGUGGAGGAUGGAGCAGGUGGUGGGACGCUCCCCCCUGGUCCAGCCAAGCAGUACUACAAGGAGGAGAAGGAUGGUGGUCCAGGUGCUGUCUGUAAGAUGGAAGGCGAAGAGUCCGAGGAGGACCUGGACAGCCAGGGCUCGUACAACCGGGAGCAGAUCAUCGUGGAGGUGAACCUCAACAACCAGACCCUCAAUGUCUCCAAGGGCAUGGAGGGGAAGGCAGCCGCCAGCGAGGCGGCCGUGAUGGGGCGGCCUGACGGUGACGGACGCGACACAGAGGAGGAUGGGGAGGAGGAGAACGAGGAAGGAGAGGAGGAGGAGGAAGAGGAGGAGGAUGCAGAGGUGGGCGAAGAGGAAGAGGAGGAACACAGUGAGGAGGAAGACCUGGAGGAGACGACGGAAGAAGAGGACGAUGAUGACGAUGAUGAAGACGCGUCAGAGGUGAAAAGGGAAAAGGGUGGGCAGACCCGCAGAGGCAGCCGGGCAUCCAAAGCCACCAAACCUGCCAUGGCGACCAGGUCCCAGGAGAUGGCCAAGGCGGAAGAGGAGGAGGAGGAGGAGGAAGAGGAAGGCCAGCGAGGGAGGAAAAGGAAAAAGGAACAGGACGGUUUGGGCCAGAAGGUGAAGCUGGAGGAGAAGCAGCACUACCCAUGCAAGAAGUGCCCCCGGGUCUUCAACAACCGCUGGUACCUGGAGAAGCACAUGAACGUCACGCACAGCCGCAUGCAGAUCUGCGACAAGUGUGGCAAACGCUUCCUGCUCGAGAGCGAACUGCUGCUGCACCACCAGACCGACUGUGAGAAGAACAUCCAGUGCGUGACGUGCGGGAAGGGGUUCAAGAAGCUCUGGUCCCUCCAUGAGCACAACAAGAUCGUCCAUGGCUACGCUGAGAAGAAGUUCUCCUGUGAGAUCUGCGAGAAGAAGUUCUACACCAUGGCCCACGUGCGCAAACACAUGGUUGCUCACACCAAGGACAUGCCAUUCACCUGCGAGACCUGCGGGAAGUCCUUCAAGCGCAGCAUGUCCCUCAAGGUCCAUUCGCUCCAGCACUCCGGGGAAAAGCCUUUUAAAUGUGAG